AUGGAGGCCGAGAGCGGGACCCCGUGGGCCCUGGGGCUGCUGCGCACCUUCGAAGCGGGCGAGUUCGCGGGCUGGGAGAAGGUCGGCUCCGGCGGCUUCGGGCAGGUGUACAAGGUUCGCCACGUCCACUGGAAGACAUGGCUGGCCAUCAAGUGUUCGCCGAGCCUGCACGUCGACGACAGGGAGCGCAUGGAACUCUUGGAAGAAGCCAAGAAGAUGGAAAUGGCCAAGUUCCGUUACAUUUUGCCGGUAUAUGGAAUAUGCCAAGAACCUGUUGGCCUGGUCAUGGAGUACAUGGAGACAGGCUCCCUGGAAAAAUUACUGGCCGCAGAGCCACUGCCAUGGGAGCUGCGCUUCCGAAUCAUCCAUGAGACCGCAGUGGGCAUGAACUUCCUCCACUGCAUGUCCCCGCCGCUCCUCCACCUGGACCUCAAGCCCGCCAACAUCCUGCUGGACGCUCACUACCACGUCAAGAUUUCUGACUUUGGGCUUGCAAAGUGCAAUGGGCUGUCGCACUCGCACGACCUCAGCAUGGACGGGCUAUUUGGCACCAUCGCUUACCUCCCCCCAGAGCGCAUCCGUGAGAAGAGCCGGCUCUUUGACACCAAACACGACGUGUACAGCUUUGCCAUUGUCCUCUGGGGGGUGCUGACACAGAAGAAGCCCUUUGCAGAUGAGAAGAACAUUCUGCACAUCAUGGUGAAGGUGGUGAAGGGUCACCGCCCAGAGCUGCCACCGGUCUGCAGACCUCGGCCCCGCGCCUGCAGCAACUUGAUCCGCCUCAUGCAGCGGUGCUGGCAGGACGAUCCACGUGCACGGCCCACCUUCCAAGAAAUUACUUCUGAGACUGAGGAUCUGUGUGAAAAGCCUGAUGAUGAAGUGAAAGAAACAACUCAAGAACUAGAUGUAAAAAGGCGCCCAGAGACAAAGAGCGAGGCAGUGCCCGCGUCCACACCCCUCAAGCGGGCCUCCGCCCCAACGUUUGAUAAUGACUAUAGUCUUUCGGAGUUGCUGUCGCAGCUGGACUCCGGAAUUUCCCAGACCAUCGAGGGCCCAGAGGAGCUCAGCCGCAGCUCCUCGGAAUCCAAACUCCCCUCGUCAAGCAGCGGCAAAAGGCUCUCGGGAGUCUCUUCAGUUGAUUCAGCCUUCUCAUCCAGAGGGUCACUGUCCUUGUCUUUCGAGCGUGAGCCUUCAACUGGCGAUCUCAGCACAACAGACAUUCAGAAGAAGAAGCUGGUGGACGCCAUUGUUUGUGGGGACACCAGCCGGCUGAUGAAGAUCCUUCAGCCCCAGGAUGUAGACCUGGUCCUGGAGGGCAGUGCCACUCUCCUGCACCUGGCUGUGGAGGCCGGCCAGGAGGAGUGUGUCAAGUGGCUUCUGCUCAACAACGCCAACCCCAACCUGACCAACCGGAAGGGCUCCACACCCCUGCACCUGGCCGUCGAGCGCAAGGUGCGUGGUGUCGUGGAGCUGCUGCUGGCCCGCAAGAUCAGCGUCAAUGCCAAGGACGAGGACCAGUGGACGGCACUGCACUUCGCAGCUCAAAAUGGGGAUGAGACCAGCACGCGGCUGCUGCUGGAGAAGAAUGCCUCUGUUGAUGAGGCCGACUGUGAGGGCCGCACGCCCGUACACGUGGCCUGCCAGCAUGGCCAGGAGACCAUUGUGCGCAUCCUUUUGCGUCGGGGUGUGGAUGCUGGCUUGCAGGGGAAGGACGCCUGGGUCCCACUGCACUACGCUGCCUGGCAGGGUCACCUGGCCAUUGUUAAGCUGCUGGCCAAGCAGCCAGGUGUAAGUGUGAAUGCACAGACGCUGGACGGGAGGACACCACUGCACUUGGCUGCCCAACGAGGGCACUACCGUGUGGCCCGAAUCCUCAUCGACCUGCAUUCUGAUGUCAACAUCUGCAACCAGCUGUCACAGACACCCCUGCAUGUGGCUGCAGAGACAGGCCACACGAGCACCUCGAGGUUGCUCUUGCACCAUGGUGCAGAGAAGGAGGCACUGACCACGGAGGGCUACACAGCCCUACACCUGGCUGCCCGGAAUGGACACCUGGCCACCGUGAAGCUGCUGGUGGAGGAGAAGGCUGAUGUGCUAGCCUGUGGGCCACUGAGCCAGACCGCCCUCCACCUGGCUGCCACCCACGGACACUCAGAGGUGGUGGAGGAGCUGGUCAAUGCUGACAACAUCAACCUGUCUGAUGACCGGGGCCUCAGCGCGCUGCACCUGGCCGCGCAGGGCAGGCACGCAAAGACAGUGGAGGUGCUUCUCAAACACGGGGCCCACAUCAAUCUACAGAGCCUCAAGUUCCAGAGUAGUCAGCACCUGGGCGGGUCACCUGCCCAGAACCCCAUGUCCACCCUCCUCCGAAGAAGUAAGACCUAG